AGCAUGGGCGAAGUGAAGUUGAUUGGGUCAACUAUAAGCCUAUUCUGCACUAGAAUUGAAUGGGCUCUCAAGCUUAAAGGGGUUGAAUAUGAAUACAUAGCAGAAGAUUUACAGAACAACACUUCAUUUCUUCUUAAAUCUAAUCCUGUGCAUAAGAAGGUUCCUGUGCUCGUUCACAAUGACAAACCCAUUGCUGAAUCACUGGUAAUUUUGGAAUACAUAGAUGAGUUGUGGAAGGAGAAGCCUUUGUUGCCUGAAGAUCCAUAUGACAGAGCCUUGGCUCGAUUCUGGGCUAAAUUCGGUGAUGAAAAGUGUUUGAGCAUGGGAGCAUAUAGAGCUUGCUGGCAAGAAGGAGAAGAGAAGGAGAAAGCAAUGGAGUGUGCAAUAGAGUCAUUUACAUAUCUUGAGAAGUUAAUUGAAGGAAAGAAAUAUUUCAGAGGAGAAGAAAUAGGAUAUUUGGAUCUAGUAUUGGGUUGGAUCCCUCACUGGCUAAACAUAAUGGAAGAAGUUGGAGAAAUGAAGGUUGUUGAUGUAGAGAAGUUUCCUUUGAUUCAUGAAUGGUAUUUGUUUGAUGGAUUUUGCAAAAAUACAAAGUGA